CAAGUGGCACUUCUGGAGAGUGGCCGCAAUGGUCUAUACUGAUGCGGAUGGCAAGACCUUUCUCUACAUUCUCUAUUUAGAGAGCUUACAGCUGGAUCCCUCUGCAGCGGACUAUCUCGGUUCGGAGGCGGCGAUCUUUUGGUAUGUCGGCGAUGGCGCACAAUACCAUUCCUCUCAGUCCGUGGUGCUCACGGACGAGCCGGUUCGAUAUGCCUACUGCAGUUUCUUUAGUAUCACGAUGCCCAAUCUGCCGGAUCGUUCACAGAAUGUCACCAUGACACUCUCAGUGAAUGACGAUCACAUAGGAGUGGCCUUCUUGGAUUUCAAAGACUUUGGCGAGAACGAUGUCUUCAAGGAGUCCACGGUCCAACUCCUGACAGAUGCAGGUGUCCUGGAAGACACAUACUCGGACUGCAGAACGUCUCCGAUCGAGCCAACAGCAGGGUUCUUUGUGGAUCACACUGUGGACGACCAAGCGAAACAGCUCCAUGAUCACAUCUUCCCACAGGCCGAGCCUGGUCCGCAAGAGAGGAGUGAUGCACAGGCGGAGCAAGCCGCGGAGAUCGAAGCCCGAAAAAGAGAGGCCGAACGGGAGGAGCGACGGAAGGCCGAGGAGGACGCCCAAGCGCGGCGCGAGGCCGAAAGGAAAGAGCAGGAGGAGAAAGAGAAAGCAAGGCAGAUCCUCAGCUCUGGGAGCAUGAGCGAACCUGUGCUCUCCCAGGGCGAGAUCCUGCGGCGGCUCAGCGCCGCAGCGCAGGAGGCGCGGCGCCAGCAUUCUUUGGCAUCUGCCCUGAUCUUAUGGCAUCGGAAGACUCGCAACCGAAGGGCAUCUGCCUGGCUUCGCCGCUCCAGCGCCCGACGUGGAGCCGCACGCUUGCUGCGUUGGUGGCACCACAACACCCAAACCCAGCUCGGCCGCCGCUGCGCGGCGCGGGCGCGGGAGGCUCUGCUCCAACGGCGGUGCCGUGCUCGCCGGCUCUCCGAAGCGCUACGGCUCUGGGCGGCGCGGGCCGCGCACGGUGCGCGAAGGCGGUUGCUGCCACUGCGGGCGACCUGCUAUGCACGGGAGAGGCUCCUGGUGCGGAGCUGGUCUGCUUGGAUGCACUUCUGGACCUCUUGCGCCCAGCAGGCACAGGACUUGGCGCAGAAGAGGCGGCAGCUGCUACGAUCUCGCUUGCCAGUUGCCUGGCGCUUUUGGCACACCUGGGCUCAAAGUUCUUCGAACUCCUCACGAUGCUUCGAGCUCUUCCGGACAAAAUGCCGGAAGACAUUGCGGCAAAGGACUUGGGUGGCUUGGCAUCGCUUCUUGGCGCGGCGCUGGGCACGGCAGCAGCGUCAGCGUGAGGCCAUGGCGCUUUUCAAGGGCGCCUCGCGGCGUCACGCCUUGGUGGAGCUGUGGGAGGCAAUGGCGCUGCGGCAGAGGCGCGCCGAGGAGCAGCUGGUGGAGCAAUGGCGCUGGAGGAGGGCAUCACAGAAGGAGGCCUUCCAGGUGAUGCAAGCCUGGCAGAUGUGCUCUGCCCGGACCAAGGCCGCAGCCUCCAGUGAGCUGCAGAACUUCCGCACAAAGCUGCGGAUGGAGCGCGAGACCGCCACGAACGACACCCAAAAACGCCAUUUGGGUAUCACCGUGGCCACCCGGUCGGAACUGGGCGCGGAGCUUGGAGCUUGGGAGGGAAGCCGUCUUCUUCGUUUGGGCCGCCGGGAAGAAACGCGGCCACCGCUGCGAGGCGGCAAGAAGAAGAGAGGAAGCGAGAUGAAGAACGUGCAGCGACCGCGCGCGAGGACGACUUCCGCCGUGACCGUGACCGAGCAGAGGAGGAUCGCCGCACCCGUGAGUCCGAGCGCCGUGCGCGCUGGGAAGAGGAGGAAGCUGAACGGCGGAGGGCGGAAGUCGACCGGAGGUCAACCUGCCGUCUCCGGUUCAGCGCCACUUCGGCGCCCAGAAGUCGUUGUGGGGCCGAAGGCAGCGGCGUUCUAUAGAACCCGUGCGACCGAACGGACCGGAGGGGACGCGGAAGACACGGAGGAGAAGAAGAAUCACCUGGAGGACUUGCUGAAGAAAGCAGCCGAGGAGAGCCGAGCCGCGAUGAACGCCAUGAUGAAGAGGCGAAUUCGUCAGCGCUUGCACAAGAAGUUGGGCUGCGUCCUUUCCAAGACGGACUUCUCGAUGGCCAUGGAACGCUUCAAGGUCUUGGAAGCGGAGUGUCCAGCGACUGCAGUGGUUGCAACAAAGGAAGACUGUUCAGUCGAUUUACCUGUUUGGAACACCUUUAUCCACUUCAGAUCUUCACAGACCAGUCAACGACGGUGCCGUUCAGUGGGCUGA